AUGAGCGAGCCACCGAUCAUUGACUUUGGACCAUUCUACGGAGCCGAUCCCCUUGCCAAAGAGCAACUUGUUGACGAAAUUCGACAAGCAUGCGAGCGUUUCGGCUUCUUCCAGCUGAUCAACCAUGGCAUCCCAGCAGAUAUACAAACCGCAGUCCUCAAGCAUUCAAGCGAGUUCUUCAACCUACCGCUAGAACAUAAAGAGAAAUACAACCAAGACAUCGGCGGAUUCAACAGAGGCUACGAGCGUCUCCGCGCCCAGAACUUCGAGAAACGAACCAAGGGAGAUCUAAAAGAGGGUUUCUAUCUAGGCAAAGACCUACCACUAGACGACGACUACGUCGUCCGAAGACGCUUCAACCAAGGACCGAACAAGUAUCCCUCAGAAGUACCAGACCCCAAGGGGUUCCGCCGAGUAAUGGACGAGUACCACGAUACCAUGAUCGAACUUGCAGUAUCCAUUAUGCAGAUUCUCGCGCAAACCCUAGGUCUAGACCCAAGUGUCUUCGACGACUUCUGUAACCACCCAGUCUCUAUUCUCCGACUAUUGCACUAUCCACCCCAAGAAGCUGCCGUGGAUCUCGAGAGAGGCAUCGGCGCACAUACGGAUUUCGGCGCCGUGACUAUGCUCCUGCAAGACGAAACGGGCGGACUUCAAGUUUGGAACAAUGUUUCGUCGGAAUGGGUGGAUGUCACUCCUGUGCCUGGGGCGUACGUUGUUAAUCUGGGUAAUAUGAUGAUGCAAUGGACGAAUGAUAGGUAUCUAUCAAAUCUGCAUCGGGUUAUCAAUCGCAGUGGAAAGGAACGAUUCAGUGUUCCUUUCUUCUUCUCUGGGAAUCCGGAUUUCACGAUUCGGUGUCUUCCAACUUGUGAGGAUCCUAGUGAGGGGGCAAAGUAUCCGCCUGUGACUGUUCAUGAUUGGAUGACUGGACGGUAUGCGGAUACUUAUGGGAGUUCGGAGAAGGGGAUUGGGGAGAUGCGUCGAGAGCCGGGUCGUGAUAUAUCUGAUGGGAUGUGA